CUUUUCAGAAGGUAUCGAGAAAAAGCUUUAAUACAGUGCAUUAAUGAUUUUUGACACCCAGUGCAUGCCAAUAGUAACGUUAGCCAUGAAAACAUAUUAUAUAUUGAACGAGUCGAUUACAUAUCGGAUUAAAUGGGACUAAUUCCAAUGCAAUAAAUCCCCAAGACGUAUUUGAGAGUUCCCAGCUCACUAUCGCAGCUGUACGGAAAGAGGCUGUGGAUCGUACGUCUGUUCUUCGCAACUUGGAAACGACAAGGUGGCGGUUUCGUGCGCUUUCCCCCGUCUACUACACUCUUUCGGGUCCGCGUUAUUACACCUCAGCGCUGACAGACGGAGCACCGGAGAUUUAAAGUAGGUGAGAGGACCGCAAGGAGAGGGAACAGAACCUAAACGAAGAGAGAAGUCCCCAUCAGUUCCCCCCAUUUAAAGCUGUUUACUAAAGGACCAUCACGCAGGUCAAUGGAUACCCUCUCCUCCCAGCGGUCCCACUCUUAGCAGCCCGUGCCAGCACUGAUGUUCCUGGGCCAUCGUCGUCACCUGCUGUGGUUUGGCACUCCGUCCCUAUGUAGCUGCUCGUGUCUACUGUUCUCCACUUGCCGCCCGUUGCCAGCGGGGCGUUCAUGAGGUGCAGCACCGAGCCAGACCACACCGGAUAGAGUUUCACAGACGACUGGAGAAUGGACAGGUUGAUUUUCUCCCUUUUGGUGCUCGCCGUUUCGGUGAGGGGGCAGCUCUGUCCCAAACGCUGCAUGUGCCAGAACCUCUCGCCCUCCCUCGCCAUCCUCUGUGCCAAGACGGGCUUGCUCUUCGUGCCCACGGUCAUCGACCGCCGGACCGUGGAGCUGCGGCUGACGGAGAACUUCAUCACGGUGGUGAGGAGGAAGGACUUUGCCAACAUGACCAGCCUCUUGCACUUGACCCUGUCACGCAACACCAUAAGCCAGAUUAUGCCUUACACCUUCGCGGACCUCAACCGUCUCCGGGCCCUGCACCUCGACAGCAAUCGGCUCACGGUGGUGACUGACGACCACUUCCGGGGGCUGACCAACCUCCGGCACUUGAUCCUCAGCAACAACCAGCUGCACGACAUCUCCCCCCGGGCCUUUGAUGACUUUCUGGGGACGCUGGAGGACCUGGACCUGUCUUACAAUAACUUAGUUAACAUCCCCUGGGAGACAAUAGCCAGGCUCACCAAUGUCAACACCCUCAAUAUGGACCACAACUUGAUAGAGCACGUUCCGCUUGGGAUUUUUGCCAACUUGCACAAGCUCGCCCGCUUGGACAUGACCUCUAACAAGCUCAAGAAGAUCCCCCCUGACCCUCUUUUCCUUAGGAUCCCAGUCUACGCCAAGUCAAAGGGUUCGCCCCUGUCCUCGCUCGUCCUCAGUUUCGGGGGGAACCCGCUGCACUGCAACUGCGAGCUGCUCUGGCUACGCCGGCUCACCAGAGAAGACGACCUGGAGACGUGCGCCUCGCCACCCGACCUGACCGCCAAGUACUUCUGGACCAUCCCGGAGGAGGAGUUCAUCUGCGACCCUCCUGUCAUGACCAGGAAGUCCCCGAAGACCUUCGCCAUGGAGGGGCAGCCGGUGAGCUUGAAGUGCAAGGCCAACGGCGACCCCGACCCGGACAUACACUGGAUCUCCCCCGAGGGGCGUCUGAUCUCCAACACGUCCCGCAUGGUCACCUUCAGCAACGGGAGCUUGGAGAUCAACAUCACCUCGCUCAAGGACACGGGCACCUUUACCUGCAUCGCCUCGAACGCGGCCGGGGAGUCCACUGGCACCGUGGAGCUGGUGGUGAACCCGCUACCCCACCUGGCCAACAGCACCAACAGGGUCCGGGAGCCCGAGCCAGGACCGUCGGACAUACUAACAUCCGCCAAGUCCACCUCCACGUCGGGAAAUGAAACUAAGUCUCAGGACCGGAAAGUGGUGUUGGCUGAGCUGACGGUCAACUCGGCGCUCAUCAAGUGGCCCUCACAGAGGCAUGUUCCUGGGAUCAGGAUGUACCAGGUUCAGUACAACAGCUCUUCGGACGACACCCUCGUCUACAGGAUGAUUCCUUCCACAAGCCAAGACUUCCUCGUGAAGGACCUGGUCUCGGGACGGGAGUACGACCUGUGCGUGCUGGCAGUCUAUGAUGACGGGAUCACCUCCCUUACCGCCACCCGGCAGGUGGGCUGCGUCCAGUUUAUCACUGAGACGGAGUACAGCCAGUGCCAGUCCCUCCACAGCCAGUUCCUGGGCGGCACCAUGAUCAUCAUCAUCGGGGGCAUCAUCGUGGCGUCCGUACUCGUCUUCAUCAUCAUCCUCAUGAUCCGCUACAAGGUCUACAGCCACCAGGGAGGGGACCCAGGCAAGGCUUCCAUCUCCAACGUCCGCUCCCAAACCAACGGCGGGCAGACAGGGCAGGUCACCAGGUCCGCCUCCAAGGGGGCGGAGAGCCAGGAGGACCAGCCCUUGGGCUGCUCUGGAGUGGGGGUUGGGGGCGUGAGUACGGGGGCCGCCCCAACCACCACCAUCAAGGACACCAACACCAUGACCUUGGUGGUGGAUUGUGAGAAGGCCAUGCAGAUCUCGGAGAUGACCGCCGAGGACAUUCUGUCACCCACACAGAGGCAGCAAUCCAGGACUUGCAUAGAGCUCAAAAGACGACCGUCACUGACCGCUAAGGACGCAAAGAGUGGAGAGGUAUUAGGAGACACUCAAACGCCUCUGGUUGGGGACGAGAAGAAGGUUCAUCGGGACUGGAGUGAUUUUAAAAUUUGAUGACUCCCUCCACACCACCACAAGAAGCAGCCAUCGCUCUGAAGAAACAUUCCAGGUCCGAUGGAAUCGUGGAGGUGACUAAGUUGGGACCAUUUUAACCAUUCCCGCUAGACUACCCCCCCCC